UAGUUUUGUUCUUUACGGUUGGCGUGUGGCAACAUAUCAUUCAUGUUUUUAUUGCCACCGCGUCCGCGUAAUGCUCGGUUUAUAAAACCUUCAUAAAUUCUAAUUCUGGGAGUGUCAAACUAGAGUGACAUUUUAGCGAUUAUCCUCCGGGAACAUGACGACUAAUGUGACCAUUUCAGCUCAGACUACGACAACAAAAAUAUCUCCAAAUAUUCGCUUCGAUCCAACUUACGUAAAAACGCUUCCUGGUAUUUUGAAAAUACUUGAAGUUGUUGUAUGUCUCAUAGGAUUUAUAUGUGUACAGACAAUACCCUUUGCAGCAUAUAGAUCAGCUGGUGGUUGGUAUGUCUUUGUGGCUGUAACUGGAUUUUGGGUCACUUUAUUAUUAUUCCUUGCAUAUUUGUUUCAUUUUGUGGAGCGAUUACAUUGGCUUCCAUGGUUACUAGUAGAAACUGCAUACAAUGGUACCUGGGCUGUAUUUUUCUUCAUUGCAUCUUGUGUAUCUGCAGCAAAUGCCAGUACUGAUCCAGGAUGGGGUGCUGCUGCUUUUUUUGGAUUUGGGAACAUGUUCAUAUUUGGCUUUGAUACCUAUUUGAAGUUUAAAGCAUGGCGAGGUGGUGAGAUUGCCCAAGGGGAAAGGACUACAUCACCUAGUUCAGAUCAAAAUACCCCAUCUGCAACUGGUCCAAGCUAUCCAACAUACUAGAGAUGAUAUAUUGACUGAAGCAUAAUAUAAAAAUGGGACAGCAGCUCCUUGUCCUUUGUAACAUUUGGCAUUGAUGUCUAUUUUAAUUGUUAAUUUUAUUUGUUAAAUGAUUUUUAUUUAUGAAUUUAUCAUGAAAGAUUGCAAAUGCAUGUGCUAAAUAUAAGGUGUAAUUAAAUAUUUAAAGUUCACCAACCUCAUAUUUUGUACAAACUUUUGUGUUUAUUGUGUCUAAAUAUGAAUAUAGAUAAAUAUAUGUAUAUUUGAUCAUUUUUGUUCUAACAGAACUACAAUGUGUAUUAGCUGUAAAUGGACUGCUUUUUUUUUUCUUUGCUCAAAUUGUUUUUAAAUUAUUAUAAAUUCUCAGAGUUUAUAGAACUGUUCUCAACAUUUCAUAGUCUAUAUGUCAAAAAAUCACUUUAUGUAAUAAAAUGUGUAAUACUUAACUUUAUUAUUGAAAUUAGUUCUCAGGGUCUGAUUUAAUGCACAGUAGGAAAUUUUAAAAUAAUACUGUUUAAAAAUUUUUUGCUAAUAAAUUUUAAUUAGCAGUAUUUUUCUGUUGCUAUAUGACUUGCAUUUAAUUUUAAAAAAAUUUCCACAUCUUAUUUAACUACUUGGGUAUUAGAUGGUGUUUAGUUUAUUGGUGUUUUACAGUAAGUAUUAAAAUGUCAUGCAUUUUCUUUGGGAUUUUUUUAAAAUUCUAAUAAAUGAUGAUUUUUAAUUUUUAUUCCGCUACAUAAUGCAGAUAGUAAACUGUUUCAUUAAAUGAAUAGUUCUAGCGAGGUGUGACUUGAUCUUAACUUCAUAAGUAUAGAGUUGGAUAUUGGCAGGUCUGGUGUGAAGAAAAUGAAAGUAAAGAAGUUGUCUUUAUUGAUCUUUCCUUUUGGAAAUGUAGUUCUGCAGCAUCUGUUAUUCAAAAUGAUUUUAGCUUUCUAAGUCACAGUUUAAAUAACAUAUCAUGCUAUGCUUAUUUGUAAACAGCUUUGUUCUAAAAGCUUGAAAAAUGUAUAUGGACCUUUUGUGUACUUCAUAUUUACUUUUCAGCAUAAUAUAUAUACAUAUAUUGUAUUUGUUCUUUGAAAGGAUUUGUGUCUAUUUUUGAGAAUUAACAUGUAUAAAAUAAUUGUACUAAUUCAUUUUUUAAAGAGAUUAUCUUCCAUUGUUAAGUAACAUUUCUAUAAUGUAAAUGUAUGGUUAAACUGCAAAAUGCAUGAAUAUAAAUGAUGAAUUUCUUGGACUUCAAAUGCAUUAUGAAUUUUCCCAUUUUUUGUCUUUCAAUCCAGCAACCAACACUUUAUAUACUGAAAUACAUAUCUUAGAAUAUUAUCCCUCUUUAUAAUAGUAUAGAUUUAAAGCUAAGAGAGAAUUUAAUAAUUCUGUGUAAAAGAUCUUUUUGUAUAUGUUUAUUACAAAGCAAAUUUAUAUGCAUUUAUAUAACAUGUAAUACAUUUAUUUGCAUGGAACUUUUGAAUUUGUGAAUAAAUACGAAUGGAUUGUGGCUGACAUGCUUUUUUUUUUUUUUUUUUUUUUGAAGUUUUAGAAUUUACCAUAUUUCUGUAAUGCAUGCUUUAUAGUUGCAUGUAUCUUUUAUAAGUACUAAUAAUAAAAGUGCCUUUCCCUAGUUUUCCCAGAUAGUUCAUUUUUUUAAGCAGGAAUUGAUACAGGAAAAAUAAAUUUAAGGAUUUUACUCAUAUUAAUGAAUUAUUGGAGUGAAUAUUAUGAAAUAUUUAUACUAUAUAUUGAUUGCUCUGAAAGUAUAUAAUAGUGAACGAAAAAGAAAAUAUUUUUAAAUGGAUAUUUAUAUUUAAGACUAUUUUAUUCUGCUUAUUGCAAUUAUAUAUCAUUUCUUGUAAAAACUAUGUAAAAUUAUUCAAUUUUCAUAUAAUAUAAUAAUAAUGUACAAAAAAUCAAUGAUUCUAAUUAUAUUAAGUCGUAUCUAUAUUCGAUAUUUUAAUUUCCUAUCCCCUAAAUACUGUAAAUUUCAGAUUUUUAAUAUAUUUCUAAAAAUAUUGUGAAAAUAUUCUAAAUUGCUGUUUUCUUAUAUGAAAAGUAAAAUUAUGAAAGAAUUGCUCUGCAGUAAAAUGAAACUAAUGAAGGUCAUUUUAAGUAAAAAAAAAUUUCUGUGGUAACAAAGUUUCAAUUAAGAAUAGAGAUAAUAUAUUAAUGUAACAUGAGAGAAAUAAAAACUCUGUACCUUUUAUAUUGCAUAAUGGAAAAAAAAAUUUUUUGGAGGGGUUAUCAUUCCUUUAGAAUACAAAGUUUUUGAAUGAAUAGCUGUCACUUUGCUAUAUUUUUUCUAGUUAGAGGCAGGCUUGGCAAAUGAAUAUUUAAAUGCAUCGAUAGCAUUUAGUUUUUUAAAUGCAGACUAUUUUGAAUAGUAAAUUGCAUAUCAAUACCUGUGGUAAAUUUUUAUAAAAAGUUUUUUGAAGUUGUAAAUUAAGUAUAAUAUACAUUUUAACUGAAAAUAAUAAAUUUCAAUUUUUAUGUGUACCUUUAUAUCAGAUAUACGUAAAUUUAAUUUUUGCUUAUGAACCUCUGUAUGAGGUAUACUUAAAUAUUCAGGAGUAAUUGGCCUAUGUUAUAUUGCAUUUAAACUGAGAUGCAAAAUUAAAUGCCAUUUUUCAUCUCCUUUCUAGAAAAUAUUUCACAUUCACCUUAUUCAUAAAUUUGUCCUCAUAUACAAACUAAAGUGCUCUUAUGUAUUUGAUAUUAAGAAUGUUAACGUGUUUCUUAAAAAUUUAUGCUUUUAGUGUAACAUAUAUUCUGAAACUUAACAAUAUUUUUGUGCAGUAGCAUGCAUUAGUACUUUUGGAAAAGUAAAUAAUUCUAAGCAUUUAAUAAUUGAUGUAAAUUUUUAUAUUGUUUAUUUGUAAUCACUGAAAUACAUGUGACUGAUGUUUUGUCACUCAAAACAAAUGUCACGCUAGAGCACUAUAUUGUUGGCCCAAAAAAUAUGUAUGUUCAUCAUAUUGUUAUUACUGCCUCUUUAGGAGGGGUAUUUUGUAUUGCUGAUUGUAGGAAAUUCAGAAUACAUCUUAUAGUACACAAAUUUCAAAUAAGCAUGGAUUCAUCUAAACCUGUUGAAAACAUUCCAUAUUCCUCCAUUGUAAAUUUCAAUGUUUUAUUCGGUAAAGUAUUCAGAAAUAUAAUUUUGUUCCUAAAUGCUCAGUUAAUCACUUUAAAAAUAUUUAUAUGUUUGAUUUCUUAAUUCUGCUGAUUUCAGAUAUUUCUUUUGAAAGAUUGUAUUCUUCUUUAGUCUGAUGUCUGCUAUUUAUGGAAUUCUGGUCUUGUUACAUAGCAGCCAACUCUACCGGUUUUACAGGAUGAUUAGCGGUCUUUUAUCACAUUUCCAGGUUUUUAAUUUUUAGCUUUAUUUAGGUAUGUUUUUCCCAGCAUAAAAAAGGAAAGAAUAUGAUACUCAACACACAAAAGCAGGUGUGUUAAAAAUGUGGCUUUUAUCCUAACUAAUUGAAAUUCCUGCAUAUAAUUUUCUAACACUCCUGGCUGGGGAGUCCAAUAACAAUACAUACUCCAUGACAAAUCACAAUACAUUGAUUAAUAUUGGCCAGGAUCACACUUUCAACCAUUGAUUAUGGCCAGCGUUAUGUAUUUUACAUAUUGCUGGCCAUACUCAAUUGUAAUUGCUGUAGGUCCUUAAUUUUGCUACCCAAUAUUUUGCUAAAUUUUUUAAACUUUUAAAACUCCCUAAAUUUUUUGUCAUCCCUAAAUUUUACUGCUGCCCCAAUCCUCUCCUAAAUUCUAAAAUUUGUGCUUCCUUUUUUGCACCACCCUGUGGGAAUGUUUGCAUUUUUCUAUCUGAUGUAAACGACAACAGAAGCCCCGAUACUGCCAUAUUUUUAUGUCGUCUUAAUAGAUUUAAAAUGACGUUUUAAAAUCUAGAACAACUGAAGUCCCAUCCAUUCUGGAUCUCUGAUUUUGUAUUGUAUUAAGAAAUUUAUCCACAUGACAAUAUGUACUAAUAAUUUUAUUUUUGACGUAUUUAAAAUUGCUUUAGUAGUAAAAGCUUCCCUUUGUUAUUCAGGAUGUUCUCGGUAUAAAAGUGUAAGAAAUUUAAAAAAUGAAAUGAGCCAAACUAUAUGAAUUUUAGAAUAUAUAAUUAAACAUUAUUGUACAUCAGAAUCAUAUUAGUUUAGUUCAUAUUAGAUAGUUCAGUAACCUGAAUUAUGCAAACUUAAAUUUCAUUUUAAGUCAGUUUGGAGGUUUUUUGAAAUAUCAUUACCACACAGAAUGAAAUUCUCUUCAAAAACUCUUGGGUUGGGGCUUGAGAACCCUCUCCCCCAGUGUUUCAAAUUUCAGGGUUGGCAGCUUUGUAAUAAAACUAAAAUUUUAGAAUUUAGUAAAUAUUUGACUAUGACUUUUGAAACAGAAAAAGUGAAAAUAAAAUAUGAAGUCUAUAAUUUAUAUAUAUUUUUCUCUCAUAUAUACUCAUUGAAAUGAAGCUGCAUUUUCUUUUUUAAUUCUGUUUAUAUUGGCUUUGGAUGUUAAUAUUUGUUGCUUCUAGAUAAACUUGUAAAAUGGAAGAAACUUUUCAUAAUUAUCUUCUAUGUGUUUAUUGUACUAUCUUCAUAUUACAGUUAAAAUAGUUGUAGCUUAGUUUAAAAAUGCAAAAAUAAAUUUUUUAGCAAAGAGA